UUCCGGUUCAGUCUGUAAACAGUGAUCUCAUCCCUUGUCCCUAAUCUUGCGCCGUCUUCCUUUAGCAGAAUCUCCCAGCAUGAGCGGCGCGCCGUCUCCACAGAAAUGACCGUGAAAGCGAAUGUUUAUUUUUCCAUGUCCUUACGAUCCGCCCGGUCUUUUGACAUAAUUAUGAGUAGCUGGGGAUCUUUGAGUUAGCCUGGAGCAUGCUAGCAUGCUUAUUAGCCUGUAAAAGGGGGCAAACAAGCAGCUGCCUGGUGCAAGCUCUGUUAAAGCUGCUUUAAAGUGUUUUUCACUGGGGUUUCUGCUUGGAGAAUAAUGGAAGGCGUGCUUUACAAAUGGACAAACUAUAUGACAGGAUGGCAGCCAAGGUGGUUUGUGCUGGACAAUGGCAUUAUUUCAUACUAUGAUUCACAAGAUGAUGUGUGCAAAGGUAGCAAAGGCAGUAUUAAGAUGUCAGUAUGUGAAAUCAAAGUUCACCCAACUGACAACACUCGCCUGGAGCUGAUCAUACCAGGAGAGCAGCAUUUUUAUGUGAAGGCUGUGAAUGCAGCGGAGAGGCAGAAGUGGCUGGUGGCUCUGGGAAGCUCCAAAGCUGGACUCAUUGACACUAGAACCAAAAAAGAGAGGGAGUUAACAGAAACCACAGAAUCCCUAAAAACCAAGAUGUCAGAGCUGCGACUGUACUGUGACUUACUAAUGCAGCAAGUGCACACUAUUCAGGAGUCAGUGGAACAGGAAGGAGAGUCAACAGUGGCCAGCACUGAGACGAGGAACGAGGCGUCCUCAUUACUGAGUGCCACCUGUGAAACCUUCAUCAAAACACUGGAAGAAUGUAUGAAAAUUGCUAAUUCCAAGUUUAAGACUGAUAUGCUGCAAUCCAGUCCGUCUGAUUCCAUAAUGUCCCCUGUGUCCCCCUCUCCCGUCCAAAUGUCUCGGAUGAAGCGCUCAAUCAGCCAUCCUGGCACCUACAAUUAUGAAAGGUCGAGCUUGCCAAAAGAGAGCAUGGCAUUGCAGAAGUCCUCCCAGAGGCGGACGCGGACAUGCUCCGAUACAGAAGCUCACAGCGACAGAGGGGCCGAGGAGACGGAGCGCCUGAUGUUCCACAGAGCCAACAUUAACGGUGACUCCACUCCAAGUAUCCCAGAAGAGGUUGGAACGAGCACAAAGUUCCUGUCGGAAACUGACACUCCGGAAUCUGACCUUUCCCUCUGAACCACGCGAGAUGGCUUAUGAGAUGGGGGAAUAUAAGGAAAACUCGUACUGCUAUGCAGUCAAAGAUUGCAGCGUUAUAUACAGUAGAUGGAUUUUACAAAGUAUUGUUGUAUUUCCUGAUGAAGAAGAAUUCGGUGGCACUUUAUAGAAACAGAUUAUGAAGAAAACAGUAGUCUGAUUUGAAUGUUUAUACUCUUCCAGGUAUUUUAAGAUAUUUGUUUGCCUUGAUGCUAAGAUGUUUUUCCUUUUUUGUCAUAAAUGAUUAUUGCGUAUCCCUUCAGUGAAGAGUUGAAGAUGUUUGUACUGGAUUUCUAACGUGUUGUGCAGUUGCCUUUGUUAAAUGGGAACCUUGAUGAAAAGGUUUUUGUUGCUGUGCCAAGGGGUUGUGCAUAUGUGCUGACAUUAACUUUGACAGUUUGGUUUUUUUAUUCACUCGGCAUGCAAUGUUGUUUAUUAGUUUAUGCUGCAGAAUACAUUUAUUUAUUUUUGUAUGUCACUAGAAUUUUCCCCCAAAAUUGUUUUUGCCUUAAUGAAUUCUUCGCAUGGAGGAAUUUGAUCCUUUAAUUAUUGUAAUGUUUGGAAAAAAUGAUUAAAAAGCUAUAGUAAGAUAAUUAUUUCUUUUAUCUCCAAAAAUCUAAGUGGGUUUCAUAAGUAUGAGGGUGUUUUUUUUUUAAAUAUUUAAUCUCUGUAAUCAUGUUUUAUCAAACACAGGCA